AUGGAGAACGAGCUUUUGCUCAAGUACACGGCGUCGACGGAUUUUGCCAAGGAUGCUCCCGGCAUUGAGGUUCCCUAUGUCAGCCAAGAUGUCCAAGAGGUUGCUGCUCUCGUCCGCGUCCUCGAUGACAACAGCAAGAAGAAGAAGGGCGGGGUCAGUAUAAAGAAGGCCAGAUACGAUGUGGCGGGCUCCCCGGAUGGGAUUCAAGUCGACUCUUGGCGCUUCCAGGACUGGGACUACAAGAAGCGAGAUCUUCCCACAUAUGCCCGUGGUCUGUUCACCACGAGAACUAAGCACGGUGUGCCUGAGAUUGUGACUCGCGGGUACGACAAGUUCUUCAACGUGGACGAGGUCUACGAGACAAAAUGGGCAAAUAUCGAAACACACACUAAAGGCCCUUACGAGUUAACCUUGAAGGAGAAUGGCUGCAUCAUAUUCGUCAGUGGCCUCGAGGACGACACUCUCCUCGUCUGCAGCAAGCACUCAACUGGAGAACGGGGUGACGUCGAAAAGAGCCACGCCAGCGCUGGCGAGCUACGGUUAGAGAGACAGCUGCAGCGCAUCGGAAAGACAAAGCAAGACCUGGCACGGGAACUGAGGAAGCGCAACGCGACCGCCGUCGCGGAACUUUGCGACGACUCGUUUGAGGAGCACAUUCUAGCCUACACCCCCGAAAAGGCCGGUCUGUACUUGCAUGGCAUCAACAUCAACAUCCCCGAGUUCAUGACCUAUCCUUCUGCUCUUGUUCAGAAGUUCGCCGACGACUGGGGUUUCAUCAAGACCGGCUUGAUUGUUAUCGACGAUAUCAACGAGGUCAAGGCUCUCCUCGAGGCCGUUGCGGAGAGCGGAGCACACGACGGCCGGGACGUUGAAGGAUUUGUCAUUCGUUGCAAGAGGACACAAAAUCCGGCUACGAACGUAUACCAGGACUGGUUCUUCAAGUACAAGUUUGAAGAGCCGUACUUGAUGUACCGACAAUGGCGAGAGUGCACAAAGGCCCUCAUUGCAGGCAAGCCACCAAGGUACAAGAAGCAUGCCAAAAUAACGGAAGAAUACCUGCUGUAUGCUCGGAAACGGCUGGCUGCGGAUCGGAAUCUAGCCAAGAUGUACAACCAGAACCAUGGGAUCAUAGCCCUCCGCAACGACUUCCUUGCAUUUAAGAACCUGCAGGGAGCCGAUGCCGCAAAUUUCGAAGAGCUUUUCGGUAGCGGCGCUAGCACCGAGAUAAAACGCGACAUCAUUCUUGUCCCGAUUGCUACUAUUGGAUGCGGAAAGACAACAAUUGGCGUUGCGCUUACCCACCUUUUUGGCUGGGGUCACAUUCAGAACGACAACAUAACCGGCCCAAAGCGGCCUCCACGUUUCACAAAGGCUGUCUUGGACGAGCUUGAAGAGUUGCCUGCGGCGUAUGCCGACCGAAACAAUGCCCAAAAGCACGAGCGGAAGCAGCUGAUUACGGAUGUCAAGGUGCAGCACGCGUCUGCAAAGCUCGUUGCACUUCACUUUGUCCACAAAAACAUGGACAAAAUUCGUCGUGUCACCAAGGAACGGGUCCUUGAGCGCGGUGACAACCACCAGACUAUCCAGGCCGCCUCUGACAUGAACAAAGUGGUGGGUAUCAUGGAGGGCUUCAUCCAACGCUUUGAGCCUUGCGACACGUCGAGGGAGCCCGACGCUGGCUUUGAUGCAGUUAUUGACCUGGACCCAGCGGCGGGAAGCAGGGAAAAUCUGGAAACCGUCGUCAAAGAGCUGCAUCGCCUCUACCCAAACUUCUUGACCACGGUUCCUCCUGCUGAAGAGUUGGAUGAGGCGAUCAAGGCCGCUCUCGAAGGAUAUAAACCCGUCCUGCGCCACAACAUUCCAGACCGGACUCCUCGGAACAAGAACCAGCAGCCCGUUCAGCAGCAGCCAAAGAAGAAGAAGCCGCUCGAGUACAUAUCGGUCGAUGUUCCAGCCAAGGACGUCUUGGACGCUCUGGAAAAGACCUUCGCUACUAACAGCCCCGAGCAGACACGCUUCUUCAAACUUCUCCAGGGCACGCGACGCAUACAGCCAAAGUUCCAUGUGACGCUUCUGCACCGCACAAGCUCGAAGGAGCACCCGGAGUUGUGGGACCGGUACAAGCGCUGCCAUGAAGUGGAAGGUGCCGCUGCAGUGAAUGGCAAACUUGGCAAAAUGGAGGUCCUCUUGGAGCGUGUCGUCUUCGAUGACCGCGUCAUGGCCAUUGUAGUUCGCCUUGUCCCGAGCCCGGAGGAUGCCAACAUCAACAGUAACACAGCGGAGCCUCCGAAGCCCAAGUGGGAGUGUGCGAACCAGGUAGCGCACAUCACGGUCGGCACGCGGGACGAUUCGAUCAAGCCAAAGGAAAGCAACGACUUACUUGCGCGGUGGUUGGAGAAGGGCAGCGGAGCGGCAACUGGGAUUAACGAGUUUGGUGUUGAAGGCAAGCCGCUUUUGGACGGCACUGUCCAGGCAGUGCUAUCGCGAUAG